UCGUACCACAUAAAAUGGUGUUGAACAAGUCAAAGUGGGAUAGAAAGGCCAAAAUAAAGUAUUUGAAGAAACAUGGUCUUCUACAGCCAGUGCAGGAGCCCGUGGUGAGACCCAAAUGGUCCAGCAAGAAACAGACAACCCAAUCGCGGAUCGUGUUGCAAGACAGUGAUGAUGAGGAAUGGGAUUCGGAAGAAGAUGAUGCGUUUAUCAAUGAUUUCUAUCCGCAAUUGGGAGAAACCGAGCUUUCGAAAGAACAGAAGCAAAAAGUAAAACAGCAGAUAUUGGCGGACUUGGCUCAGAAACAAGAACAGCCAAAUGAAUCAAAAGAGCAGGAAGACGGUGAAGCAAGCGGAAUUUACCUUGGAUCCGAAGAAAGCAAACAAAAGGACAUGGAUCUAAAAGAAGACGUAAAAGAAGAAGAGGAUAAACCCAAGUUGGACGAGUUUAUAACCAAGGACCCAACCAGGGCCAAACCCAGAAAACUCUUGAAAGCCAAAAUUUCGGAUAACCUUCUUGAAGAAUACGGUCUUUCGAGCUAUAAGGAUACCGUGAAGAACAAGGACGACUACAACGAUAUCUACAGCCGGAAACAAAAGGAACGAACCCUUGACAAGAUCCGUCCCGACGAGUUGAAUGGCUUUGUCAUUGGGAAAUCUGUUUUGGGCGAAAAACCAUCCAACAACAAGCAGCACAUCAAACAGUUGAGCGAGGAAGAAAAGAAGUUGGACGCCGAGAGAACCGCAAAGGCCCGUCAAAACGAACUAUACAAUCAAAUGAGAAGAACGUUCAAUCCCGAAAACAGUACCAAGUCCAAGGGCAAAGUUCUUGAGAUCAAUAAUAUCAAUGUCCAUGACCGUCAGCAACUCGAUGCCUUGAACGCAAAGAUAAUUGCCCACCACGACGACGACCAGAUCGGAGACGAAGACUUCGAAAGAGAUAUCGACCAACUCUUGGGCACCCCGUCCAAUUCCAAUUCCAACCCCAACAACGUCGAAGAUACGCCUCAGGAGGUGUCUCUAGAUGACUUGAUGAAUGACUUACAGCUAAAAAACGGAGACAAAAGCACCAGCACCAAUCUCCAGCCCAAGAGUCGCCCCCACAACUCAGACCAGGACUUCCUAGAUGACAUUCUUGGAUAAAUAGCUUAAAGAUCAGUUAAUUGCAAAAAAAAAUACCUGUAUAUAAAAG